UGUGUUUUGUGUAUGUAUUAAUAUCUUUAUUUUGUAUAAUUCUUAUUAUUUAGUGUGGUGUCCCUUGUGUGACCGUAGGUGCUGGCUUAUUCAGGUCACAUAAUUUGUUCAACCUGUAAAGGCGUGCCUAAGGUACUUAAUAAGCAUUAAUUGCUUUGUUGUUCGCCACUGCAAAUUGCGAUCUUUUUCAUCAGAGUACAGUCAUGGCAUCUUGUUUGCAAAAAGAGCUUAACUACAAAGAAAUAGCCGAAAUUUAUUCCAAAGUAAAUGAUUUCCAAGUCGAACUUGGAAAAAUGAUGGUAUGUGUAUUGGGCAUAAAGCGUGGAGAUAAAGUUCUUGAUAUCGGUUGUGGCACUGGAGAAAUCACAGCUUAUAUAGCUGACACAGUAACGGAAGAUGGUUUAUGUGUUGGUUUUGAUCCUGACAAGUAUCGUAUUGAAGUUGCAAUGAAAAAGCAUCUUCCUGGUCGGACAAACAUCACUUUCUUUAAUGGCGAUAGCUCCUCUAAAUUUCCUCAUGCUAAUGAAGAAUUUUAUGACUAUGUGCUCUGUUCUGCAGUAUUUCAUUGGAUGAAUGAAGAGGAAAAGCUUGUGUUCUUGAAGGCUGCAUACCUAUCGCUAAGACCUGGAGGAAAAUUGCUUAUACGAAGUCACGAAAAAAAUCCUAACAUGUUAGAACAGACACAAAAGUUAGUUGCUGAUAAUGAUAUAAAUUUUAGUCGUUCACCAUUCAAACUUGUAACGAAAUCAAAGGCUGUAGAAAUGUUGCUGCAAAAUGGCUUCAAAAUACAAUCUGACAGUUAUUUUGAUUUUUUUUAUGUAUUUGAAAGUUUGGAAUGUUAUUUAACUUGGUUUUCUUCAUCAGCGUAUUUAGAUAAGACAAAAUUUUUACCGGAAAAAGUGGGGAAAUUUGCACUUCAAUUUCAGAAGGAUGGGACAGUCCCUUUAAAUGUGACGUUCUACAAAAUCGUUGCCUCAAGACCAACUGGCUUUUAAUGUUCUUUAAUCGCUUAGCAGAACUCGUAUGCUGUUUUGUGUAUUUUCAAGUAAUGUAAUAUAUCGUAUGUUGAAACUUAAUCUCAAUCAUGAAAACAUUGGAUUGUUCCUUGACUUUAUAGUUUGAAAUGUAGCUUGUUAACAUUACAGAAAGUAGUUACAGUUUGAAAUGUUUCUUUCUAAAAACAAUGCAUAACUUAUAGUUAUAACUUACUUGUUGCCAAUGCAUAACGUAUAAUUAUAAUUAGGAAUGGCAACAGUGCAAUCAUGAAUCAUGAUUUGAGAAGUCGCGAUCUUUCUAGAUCUCAUAAGCGCUUUUCGAAAUACAGUUCUAUAAAACUUAUAAACAAUAUUUUUUUCGAUAUCUUGGUAUUUUCAGUAGUAUAUUAUAUUCUCGGUGAACGAAAAA